GUACAACACAGAUAGCCUUCUGAUCAUGCCUCGAUCAUUCCUCGUCAGAUCCAAGAUGGUAGAAAACGCCGAGAAAACAAAACCAGAGACACAKUUCAAAGAUGAUAAUAAMCAAGAUAUCAAAGUCGAAAAAAGAGGGUUUAYACCAUACGUUCCAAGGUCCAAGGAACCAACCUACAAGACAUCAAGUACAGAACAUGGAAAUCWCCUACGACAAUCAUCCAAUGAACACUUGUUGCGACCAAUGAUUCCUCCUGCCUUUGUUAUACCUCCGCCAAGAGGAAUGACUGUAGAGGAGUACCUUCGUAUAAGGUCUGGCUGUUUUCUCCCAAGGCCUCUUUUUCCUUUCCCACCGCACUUUCUGACCAAUCCCCCGCCCCGCGUCAACCCUGGUCUGCUAUGUCCAUAUAGUUUACAACCAAGAUUCGAGCAUGAGAAAAUAAGCCGUCUUGACCUUCAAACCCAAAGACAGUUGGAAGUUGAAAAAGAUCACAGAGAGCUAGCGACCCCGGAACGUUUUGCAGUAACACAUUCGCCUCAAUAUCACCCAAAAGUUGUUUUCCAGCAGCCUCCGUUUGAAGCCGUUGAACUAAGAGCAGAAGAUGAAUCCGAAAGUAAAACGAAAGUGUAUCRAUGUCAGGAAUGCGGCAAGGAGUUCCGAAGGCCUUCAAGUUUAAGCACCCAUAAGUUAAUUCACUCUGAUCAUAAGCCUUUUCCAUGCUCCUACUGCGGAAAGAAGUUCCUAAGGAAGUCUGACAUGAAGAAACAUACAUURAUGCAUACAGGAGCAAAGCCAUUUCAAUGUAAACAGUGCGGGAAGGUGUUYAGUCAGUCUUCUAACAUGCUYACACAUAUGAGACGGCACACAGGAGUGAAGCCUUUUCCAUGCAAGAUUUGCGGUAGACGAUUCUACAGAAAAGUCGAUGUUAGAAGGCACACUCUCAGACACGAGUUUCGAGCCAAUGUAGAAAGCUCUAUCGUGAGCCAUACUAAUGUACAACGAAAGGAACUUUUAGCAUAAAAUCAUAAUCGCCAGGAAAACUGAGAGAACUUUUUAUUCAUCAAUAAAAACAUUGAUCAACAAAAAACAAUAAGUUUGGCAAUCAUUCAAACUGAACAAUUUUGCCUAGAAAAGACAUUGUUUAAUCAAAAUUAAACRAACACUUGGCAGUGAAGAACUAGACAGAAAUUAUUGACUUUUUGUACAGAAAUAUAGGUUUACAUGUUAUAUAUCUUUUACAUCGCUAAUGAGCCCAAACCUUGCACGUGUGCUUAUUUGAAAGUUUUAUUACACAUUUGCUGAAAAAAAUUCCCUCGAAAUAAAUGAACAACAAUUAAUGUCCAAUAAAUAUCCCUUCCUGUACAUAGCAUAUUUCACACAUUUGUUAUCUGAAUAAAUUCCAUUAAAAGUUAAAAAGCUGUUUCUUGUG